UUGGACGUUUUUUUUCUUCUGACAGCUGCCGUAUUUGUCAUAGUUAUCUCUUGCUCUUUUUUCUUCCCAGAAAAUUCGCAAGAAUCACACGACUAUUUGUCGAUUUCUGGCGUAAUUCUAAACGCUGCCAGUGAAAUUCAGCCAACGAUUGGGCAAAGCGCCGGAAAGCGCCGCAGUUGUGCAAUAUGAAGAUAUAGCCUGGUCGUCGGACGACACCUUCGCACUGGGGCACGGCCGAACACAUAAUCUGGUAGGCCAGUGCCGAAACUCAGUUUUAACACCGUACGGAAUCGACUGCAGCAGUGGUUACCGAUUCUGUUUGCCGUAGGCUGGUGAGUGGACCGAAUUCGACUCGAUCGGGAGCCUUUUUCCCUUUCCGGUAUUGCGUGGAUUGCAAACGUAUCAAUUUUGGCAGCCUCCCAGGUUGAAUCUGGAUUGUCCCUGACGUGUGGGUGGACGGUAAAUCCUGCUGCUCGCACGCAACGCAGAGGGUGCUUGUGUGUGUGUGCCUAUUGCUGGUUUCAUCGCCUCGAAAGAGUUCCGUAGUUUCCGUGGUAACAGCGGUGAGACGCAAUAUAAGCCGGAAAUAACGACGACCACGACGGACGACAGUGUGUUGGAAGUUUGGUCCGUGCAGGUGCCGGAAGGAUGGAAGCUUUAGUGGAAAAUGCGGCGGCACCGCCUUCCCGCUUCUACUGUCAUUCGUGCGCCAUCGAAAUCGAUCGUGUCUCAUCGGAAUUUACAUGCCCACACUGUCUGGAAGGAUUCAUCGAGGAACUACCGGCAGCGGAACGGAGUGGUGCUGCCGGAUCCACCGCAGCGGAACAGGACUUUGAGCAACCGUCGAACCUGUUCGACAAUCCACAGAUUAGCAAUGAGGCUAUCAGAUUGGCCGGAGAAAUCUUUACAAACUCCAUUCUGUCACCGUUCUUUCGGCGCAAUGACGGUGAGUCUGCCGGCGCUGCAGGCACGGGCAAUGGCGAUCACGCGCUGUUCACCGUAGAUGACAUUCCUAUGGACGGUAGCAGCGGCCCAUCGUCCGGUGCGUCGGGAGCUGGCACCGACAUGGGUGAAGGGUCUGCAGGCGGCGGCAGCAGCAGCAGUGGCAGUGGGGGAAGUGGGGCUGGGGCGGCUGCUGCUGGUGGAGGAGACACCCGUCCCUCGGUGCGCUUUACCGGCAGACGGGGCAGUCGAAGGCGCGGCGUCCAGAACAUAAAUCACGUCGAUCAAAUAUUGCGCGAAAUCCUGAUAUCCGUGUCCGGCGGGGGGAACGGUGCCGGCGCCAGCGGGCCAAUGUUUUUCAUGGGCAACCCGGGCGACUACGCUUGGGGGCGCGAGGGCAUCGACACGAUCGUUACGCAGCUGCUCAACCAAAUGGACAAUUCGGGGCCGCCCCCGCUAGAGAAGGAACGGAUCGCGGCCAUACCGACCGUCACCAUUAGCGAGGAGCAGGUCGAACGGAAGCUACAGUGUUCGGUGUGCUUUGAGGAUUUCGUUGUUGGUGAAUCGGUCCGGAAGUUACCCUGCUUGCACGUCUAUCACGAACCAUGCAUCAUUCCGUGGCUGGAAUUGCACGGCACCUGCCCGAUCUGUCGAAACAGCCUCUCGCCGGAAGAAUCGCACACCGGUGCGCAACCGCAAGACAACUCCCAGUCGCCGACUGAGAAUUCGCAGCAAAGUACACAGCAACAGACAGCAUCGCAAUCCGAUCCCUCUGGCCGGCAGAAUUCCAACUUUCUCACCUUCACCAUACAUGAUUUGCUUCCUACCCUUUCAGGGCCAACGAUGACGAACCUGUUGUUCGACAUGGGACCACCGUUGACGGCCACUUCGGUACCAUUCUCUAGUCCAUCCCCGUCGUCAGCUUCCGGCAGUGGCAGUGCCGCCGGAACGGGAAACUCCCAACCGGCCGCCGGUAGCAAUGCUAACGCCAGCGGGUCAGCGGGCGGCUCCGCCGUCAGCGGUGGUGGCAACGGGUCGCAGGCGAGCAACAGUCAGCGAGACGAAGACGGUACCAUUGAUAACACGCUAGAGCUGGACUAACCAAAAAGGCUCCCCCUCCGUAAGACACAAAUUCAGCCACGAAGGGCACACAGCCACGGACAUGCAGUCGCGCACAGGAUCUUUGAUCCUCCCGUACCCGCAGCAAAUGGUGCAAGCUUGAAUGAGGUUGGGAAGUGCAUUGGGAAAGCGCGAGGAAGAGAAUAAUGCGAAGAAAUAUGCUGUGCUAUAGAUAAGCUUGGUUUUCACUCGCGGUUGACGCAAACAUAAAAACAACACACACGAGAGACAUAUUGUGCGAAGCACCACAGGACAGGAGGGGGUCUUUGCUCUUUGUCUGAACUUUGAAGCACGGCAGUUCAAGCUUGUAACUUUUGUUCUUUAUGCGCUUGUUUAUAUUUAUUGUUUCUGUACAGCCCAUCAUGCUCUAAUUUAAUCAUUUCACAUGAUUACAGUAACCUUCCUCUCCCCCUCCUUUUCCCUAUUUUGGCAUACCAGCGUUCUUUUGGUAGGAUAGAAUUUUCAUGCAUAUUUGAACACACCAACCAGGUCUAGGAUAAGCUAUAUUUAAUGUUUCUUAUUUGAAAGUUUUGCUUGUGCUUGCAUUGAAACGUUUUUUUGUUGGUUUGCGCAAUUUUUCCUUGUUUCGCGCUUAGUGAUUAUCGGUGAUUGUAAAAUCACUUUUUAAGUGCAGCCAACGAUGCAUAGAAUUCCCUCGCUAGGAGUGUAACAAAUAAGCAUACGACACCUUUCUCUUCUCCGUACGGCUGGCACUGAACAAUGAAAGGACACAGCAGGGCUCGGAACGAAUGCGCACCUUGUGCGUUUAUGUGUGCGCUUGUGUUAACCGAGCUGAGUGAGCUGAAAAGUUACUCGAUCAAGGAUUAAGGGCAAAAGGGAGGGUUGGGUGGCUGGUUUAAACCCGAUGCCGGUAACUGCAUGCAUCCGCCGCAACCGCUUUAGCGCCCAGUUGGUGUCACAUUCCUGUGAUUUUGGCUUCGUUUCUGGCGAUUAAAUUGGGCUUUGAGAGUUGGUGGUAGAGAGUGAGUGAAAUCGAAGCUCCCCGGCAGCAUAUGAGCGGGCACGAGCAAUUAGCAGCGCAUAUAUGUACAGAAUACAAUUGUAAUCAGCAGAAGCAAACAAUGGAUAAGAUGUAAGGUAAGGGUUAAUAGACACACGACAAAAACCGAGCGCUUUGCAAAGGCACAACACGAAGGACUGAAUGAAGGGAAGGGAUGGCAGGUUGAGUAGUUCGGGCACCGGACCGGACAUGAUGAACCCUCGUCGCGGGACUCGGAAUGAUGGAGAAGAUUGUGAAUGAACAUCAACAUCAUUUCCUAUUUGCGGGACACAGAGAUUGCAGAGUGACACUAGAUACAAAAACCUGCGCCAACGAUGGUCCUUAGGUGCCGUUUUGGUCAGCGUCGUUGCUGGGGACGCUAAAAAGUAGGCUUUGAAAGUGCAGCCGAAUCGCCAUAUAGUGCAGCUUAACACGUGACUGCAAUAGAACAUCAACAUUCUGGUUAGGCCGUCAGGGCAAGAAAAACACGUUUGAAGCAAAUGUCGAAUUGCUAGUGCGCAUAUAUUACCGAGGCGGAAGCGGAAAGUAGAGUAUGAUAAACGCGAGUUUUCGUAGACUAAGUAAGACUGCUGCGCUGUAUGUAUGUUAAAUCGUACUCGACAAGUGAAUUAUUUCUGGUGCGAAUUUUUGCCGUUUCAUACGUUUUUUUUCCUAUUAAUUCCUUUUCCUUAAAUGCUUCAACGCAAAAGCAAGUCAGCGUUGGUAUUGUUUUACACCCAAGACUAAACCAAUCCCCCCUCCUAUUUCGAACUAAUUUUACGUGUCAAUGAGCUUUAUUUGUAAAUUUAACACACGUACACGUUUGCCUCAUUUUUGCUCCAUAAAAUGAUUCCUGUUCGUUUACUUUACAGUGAGGAAGAGGGGUUCCCAAAAGCAGAUAAGUUAUGUGGGAAUUCAAGACAGUUAACUCAACCGUUGAAUUGAAACGGCCUGACAUCCGGUGUGUGCGUUGUGGCGCAUACAUGGUACAUGCUGCAAAGCAAAUAGGUCGCUCGGAACGAGAACGGCAGUCGCCGGCUGAAAAGGGGUGUGAAUGAUACCGCUUAAACCCGAUCAUUUGUCAUAUAAGUAACACACUAAGCUGAUAUGAUAAUUACAUAUUAUUAUUAUUAUUAUGAACAUUAUUAUUGAUGCGUUGAUAAUAAAGAAGAGCGAAGGAAAACCA